UUAUAACUAAUAUAAAUAUAAAUAAAAUAAAUAUAAAUAAAAAAUGUCAUGUUUCUAAAAUAUUCUACAAAUAUAUUCAUAGUCAAGUAAUAGUAUAAAAGUAUAUAUGAAGGCUUUAUCAUCACCCAAUGACAUCACCUUUGGAUGCAAUUUCCGACAAAGUAUAUAAUAUGAUUAUGAUUUAAUCUUAUCAUCAUUUCUCAUGUAAAAACGGUCACAUCUGUAUGCAAUUCUGUGGACAAAAGGUUGCAAUCUUUUUCCUUUCAGGUCAAUGAUUUUUAGAAUGUCCAAAAUUGUAAAGUCAAUUUCAUUAUAUAUGAAAAAUAGAGAAUUUUUAAACAAGCAUUUUAAAAUUAUAUCAAAUAUACUUUUCAUUACAGUUUCUUCAAAUUCAAAGAUUAUUCUUUUCCCAAAACUAUUGAAAAAGAUUGAAUUUUUCUAAAUUUUAACAUUAUUUUUACAAUUCAAAUUUUAAGUUUAAUUACUUAAAAUUGAUUGAAGAAUAUAAUUUCAUUUUUUUUUAAAUUCCAUUCUCUAAAGUUUAGUGUCAAAAGAAUCUUAUCUGUCAAAGAAGUAGUAAAGAAAUAUAACAUGUAAGGAAGCGAUUAAAUCCAAUUUUCCAUGAACGUAUAUGUUUAACCGAAAAUGAAUUUGAUUAAUAUAAAUGAAUAUAUAACUCAAGACGACUUAUGUCAUUAAUCGCUUUCAGAAUAAUUAAAUUUGCUUUAUUCAAAAACGCUAUUAUUCUAUAUAUUAUAUACUAUAUACAUAUAUUAUAAAUUAUAUUAACAAGGUGCCUUUGUUUCAUCAUAUAAGACAUCAAAAGCCAUGUAUUAGCAUGUUUAGGUAUGAUAUAUGGAAAAGUCCAUGGCUAUUAUUCAAUUGAAAAUGCUCUUGCCAGCAUCAAUGUGGCAACGCUGUUUAAAAUAUAUAGCACGAUUAGAUCUAUUGCGAUCUUUUGUUCCACAGCAUCCAAUGUCCAGUCAUACAGUUAUCCAAGUCUUUGAUAAGCGAAGAAUGCAUGACACAAGACCGCCGCGACGUAAAAAGCAAAGAAACGAUUAUUGUCAAAUAUAGAUCACUUUACCGGUUUGUUCAGAAAGACAAUUAUAUAUGACAUAUAAUUAUUUUGACAUCCAUAGUUUAUUAUAAAUUUUACUAUCAAAAUAUUUGUGAAAGAUACAUAUCAAUAACUAAAAAAUAAGAAAAUAUUUAUUAAAUUAAUAUGGGUAAGUUAUACAAUUUAAUUUUUCUCUUUUGUGUAUACGACAAUAUAUUAUUUAUAUACAUUAUAUAUUAUAUUGUUACAUAUAUAGCAGAUAAUGCAGCAGUUUUAUCAGAUAUAUUUAACAAAAUGCGACACUUUCCACCAUUGAGUGACACAAAAAAAAAUAUUGGUAGAAGUUGGUGCGAGUGGAAACAGAAUUUUUUAUCCUUUCUUCAGAAAGAAGAUGCCAAUGAAUUAUAUAAAAAUCAAUGGACAGUUAUCUUAUUGAUGUUAAUUGGUCCACUUGGAGAGCAAGCAUAUAAAGAUUUUCCUUCCCGCAAUGCUUUUCAGAUGAAAGAUUUAGAAACAUUAUUACGUUAUUUUGAUUUACAUUUUAUUUUUGGACUUAAAGAAAGAAAAAAAGAUGAAAACAUUGAAAAUUAUAUUGAUAGCUUGAUGCUUGUUGCAAUUGCAAGCAAUCAUGGUGAUCCUGUGAAUAUUGUUAAGGAAAAAAUUAUGCAAGAUAUUAAAAAUUACAAUUUCACAGGAAAGGCUAUGCUUUUUGUACAGUCUAAAGGAGAUAACUUGAUAUCAUAUUUGCAAUUAUUGGAUCUUCAUAAAAUUACGUUGUUUUGGAAACAAUGUGAAGACUUGAUGUUACAAAAGAACUAUAAAAAUAUACAAGAGCUCUCUCCUAAUCCACAAUUACCUGAAAUGAAAUGUGUUCGUUGUGGUACUUGCCAUAGCAGGAACCAUUGUCCAGCACAUGGGAUGCGAUGUAACAAUUGUAAUGGAUAUAAUCAUUUUACAGAUUAUUGUAAGAUAAAAUAUGUGUCUGAUUGUACUAAAUGUGGAACACAUCAUAUUCAGUCACGUUGUCUUGCUUUUGGCGAAAUAUGUACAAAUUGUGGCAAAGCAAACCAUUUCUCAUGGUUGUGCAAAGUACCUGUUGUGAAAAAUUGCCUUAGAUGUGGUAAAGAUCACGCUAUAUCCAUGUGUCCAGCACAAGGUCAAGUAUGUGCCAGGUGUAACAAACCCAAUCACCUAAAAGAAAAAUGUUUGAGCAAACUAAAUGAUGAGUAGAAAUGAUGUACAAUAUUAUUCUACUCUUUUGGAAUUUUUAAACAGUAAUAGUAUAUAAGUUACUUGUCUUCUUUCAACUUAAUGAUAGAUUCUUAUAUGGAAUCGAUUUUUCCUGAAUGGAAAUUCAAUUUUCAGUAUUACACAUCUUUGUAAUUAGAUUUCAAAAUUAAAACUCUAUUAAAUUAGAAAUAUUUAUAAAUAAUGUUUUUUGAAGAAUGACUUUAUUAUCUAUUUAUCUAAAAUCCAUAUUACAAAAAUAUUUUCUAAUCAUAUAUAUCUUGAAAAUAAUUAACACUUUGUUAAUUAUUUUCACACAUUUACAUUAUAAAUAAAUCGAUUCCAAUGUUAUCAAAGAAUUUGUCAUUAAAAUUUAAAUCUUAAUGAAAUAAUGUGUUGAGUGAUGUAUAUAUGUAUGUAUAGUAUAUUGUGUUUUUUAAGGUAUUUAUCUAUUAUAUAUUCUCUGCUAUUAUAUAACAGAUAUAAACUUCUCUAUAUAGAU